AUGGAGGUGGUGGGUCUGCUGAUGUGUGUGGCGGCGGCGGUCCUGACAUGGGGCUUCCUCUGGGUUUGGGACUCCUGGGAGCGAAUGAAGAGUCCGGAGCAGGCUGGCCUGCCGGGAGGCGGAAGCCGGACUCUGUUGGUGACCGCGCACCCCGACGAUGAAGCCAUGUUCUUUGCUCCCACCGUUCUAGGCUUGGUCCGCCUGCGGCACCAGGUGUCCCUGCUCUGCUUCUCCGCAGGAAAUUACUACAAUCAAGGGGAGACUCGUAAGAAGGAACUUUUGCAGAGCUGUGAUGUUUUGGGGAUUCCACCCGCCAACGUAAUGAUUAUUGACAACAGGGAUUUCCCAGAUGACCCCGGCGUGUGGUGGGACACCGAACGGGUGGCCGACGUCCUCCUCCGGCACGUAGAGGCCAGCCGCAUCAACCUGGUGGUGACCUUUGACGCGGGAGGUGUGAGCGGCCACAGCAACCACGUGGCUCUGUAUGCAGCUGCCAGGACCCUGCACGCACAAGGGAAGUUACCUAAAGGGUGCUUGGUGCUCACGCUCCAGUCUGUGAACCUGCUGCGCAAGUACCUGUCACUGCUGGACCUGCCCUGCUCCCUGCUGCGCGCCCGCGACGCCCUCUUUGUGCUCAGCCGCCAAGAGGCGGCCCAGGCCCAGAGAGCCAUGUCCUGCCACCACAGCCAGCUGCUCUGGUUCCGCCACCUCUAUGUGCUGUUCUCCCGGUACAUGAGAAUCAACUCCCUGCACUUCCUCUGA